CGUGCGCGGGAGCGGUGCCGUGAUGGCGGCGCUGCUGGAGCACGAGAGCCAGAUCUUCCUGGAGCUGUUCCACCGCGACGGGCUCGCCGUGUGCGCCCGCGGGCUCGGCAUCGACCGCCUGCUGCUGCGCUUCCUGCGCCUCUACUGCGAGCCCGCCAGCCUCGUGCUCGUGCUCAACACCAGCCCCGCCGAGGAGGAGUAUUUUAUUGAUCAGCUGAGGUCAGAUGGAGUUGUUCAUCUCCCUCGGCGCGUUACCAAUGAAAUCGCAAAUAAUACUCGAUAUGAGUUUUACACACAAGGAGGAGUCAUCUUUGCAACAAGUCGGAUCCUUGUGGUAGAUUUCCUUACUGACAGAAUUCCUGCCAAUCUCAUUACCGGCAUUUUGGUGUACAAAGCACACAGAAUCAUUGAGUCCUGUCAGGAAGCGUUUAUCUUGCGACUUUACCGCCAGAAGAACAAGCAAGGCUUCAUUAAAGCUUUUACAGAUAAUGCAGUUGCAUUUAACACUGGCUUUUGUCAUGUGGAAAGAGUGAUGAAAAAUCUUUUUGUCGGGAAGCUUUAUCUGUGGCCAAGAUUUCAUAUAGCAGUGCACUCAUUUUUAGAGAAGCAUAAACCUGAAGUGGUGGAAAUACACGUGGCAAUGACCCCUGCUAUGCUUGCUAUCCAGACUGCAAUCCUGGACAUUCUGAACGCAUGUCUGAGGGAACUCAAACGUUAUAAUCCAGCUCUUGAAGUAGAAGAUCUAUCAUUAGAGAAUGCUAUUGCUAAACCUUUUGACAAGACAAUACGUCACUAUUUAGAUCCUCUCUGGCAUCAGCUUGGAGCUAAGACAAAGUCUUUGGUCCAGGAUUUGAAGAUCCUCCGUACUUUGCUACUGUAUCUAACCCAGUAUGAUUGUGUCACUUUCCUUAAUCUCCUGGAGUCACUGAAAGCAAGUGAAAAAGCUUUUGGUGAGAAUUCAGGCUGGCUAUUCCUUGACUCCAGUACUUCAAUGUUUGUGAAUGCUCGAGCUCGAGUUUAUCGCACUGCAGAUGAGAAACUGAAUCAGAAAGGCAAAUGCUCUGAAAAACGUGAUGUAAAAAAGGAAAAUGAACUGAAAAGGGAAUUGGUUCUAGAAAGUAACCCCAAAUGGGAAGCUUUGAGAGAAGUACUGAAAGAGAUUGAAAAUGAGAAUAAGAACAGUGACAACCUUGGUGGUCCAGGGCAAGUGCUCAUUUGUGCCAGCGAUGAUCGAGCCUGUGCACAGCUCAGGGAGUAUAUUAUUGCUGGAGCAGAAGCUUUUUUAACAAGACUGUAUAACAAAACCUUCGGAAAGGAGGAGAAAGCUGGAGAAGUGUGGAUUAAGGACAGAAAAGCCAUCAAGUCCAAAGGAAAUGCCAAACCUGACACAGGGCCUCAAGCCAAGAAAGCCAAACUCACAACUUCUUCAAAACAAAAUAAACACAAGAAGCAGCAAGACCGGACUAUAAUUGAAAUGAUAGGGAAAACGGAGGAGGAAAAGAGAGAGGAGGUUGAGGUGGAAGACAACCAAGAAUUAAGUAGUAGCCAAGAAGCCAACACUGAAGAGACCAUUCCUGAAGAUUUUGAUGUGAACUUGCCCUCAGAUUGUUACUAUGGGAUUUUCAAGGACCCACUGACGAUUAUCCACCCGCUGCAGGGGUGUGGGGAUCCCUACGCGCUCACUCGGGUGCUGCACGAAGUAGAACCCAGAUAUGUUGUGUUAUAUGAUGCAGAACUCACUUUUGUUCGGCAGCUGGAAAUCUACAAGGCAAGCAGGCCUGGAAAGCCUUUGAGAGUUUAUUUCCUCAUAUAUGGGGGCUCCACGGAAGAGCAGCGCUACCUCACAGCUCUGAGGAAGGAGAAGGAGGCCUUUGAGAAACUUAUUCGAGAGAAGGCCAGCAUGGUUGUUCCUGAAGAAAGAGAAGGACGAGAUGAAACAAACAUAGACCUCCUCAGAGACGCUAGACCUGCCUCUGUCUCUGCUGACACACGCAAAGCAGGUGGACAGGAACAGAAGGGUGUUCAGCAAGCCGUAAUCGUGGAUAUGCGGGAAUUCCGUAGUGAGCUUCCAUCACUGAUCCAUCGCCGUGGGAUCGACAUUGAGCCUGUGACUUUGGAAGUUGGGGAUUAUAUUCUAACUCCUGACAUCUGUGUGGAGCGGAAGAGUAUCAGCGAUCUGAUUGGUUCCUUAAACAACGGCAGGCUGUAUGCACAGUGCGUUUCCAUGUGCCGCUACUACAAGCGGCCAGUUCUCCUCAUUGAAUUUGAUCCUAACAAAUCCUUCUCCUUGAUCCCACGAGGCUCUUUACAGCCGGAAAUUUCCAGCAAUGAUGUUACUUCUAAACUAACCCUUCUUACACUGCACUUCCCAAAGUUACGAAUCCUGUGGUGUCCCUCUCCCCACACUACUGCUGAACUGUUUGAAGAGUUGAAACAAAACCAACCCCAACCCGAUGCAGAAACAGCGAUGGCUGUCACCGCAGAUUCCGAAAUUCUCCCUGAGUCAGACAAGUACAACCCUGGGCCUCAGGACUUCCUGUUAAAAAUGCCAGGGGUUAAUGCAAAAAACUGCCGUGCCCUAAUGACCCACGUUAAAAGCAUUGCAGAGCUGGUGACACUGUCCAAGGACGAGCUCUCCAAGAUUUUGGGUAAUGCUGCCAAUGCUACACAACUCUUUGACUUUAUUCACCUGACCUAUGCAGAGGCACUAGCGAAAGGAAAAAGCAAAAGAUGACUCAUGAGAUUGUUCAAUACAGAGCACAGAUAAGCUUUUCUGGCACAGUACUUUGGCAAAUACAUGAAAUAUUUUAAUAAAUGCCCCCUCUAAGAUAACCAGCUGUUUCUUGCUAAUGCUGUUCCAUCAGUUUUAACAUGUGAGUUAAUUAUUACUGAAGGCAAGUUUCAAGAGGAAAAAAUAUUUUUAAUAGAGAAAUGUGAAUUAUUUUUAUUCUUUUUAAAGCACUUUAACCAGUUCUGUAACACCACUGAAUUAACGGAAUGAAGUUUUUCACCAAGACCAUAAGAAUUAAGUGCUAAGAUUAACUGAUAAAGGUGUUUUCUUGUGAAAGUUAUGAUGUCUUGUUCAAGCUAAAGAUGUGCUGUGUUCUGAUUAGUCUGUGUGACCUGCUGCAUGAUACAACACUGCUUUUGCUAUUUUUAAUGUCUCAAGCUCUGGCAACUUCCAGUUUUCGAUUGACAGUGAUGGAGCUAUUUGAAACACAUCGUGGUCUUUACUCAGGAGUUUGUUUACAAUAUACUUGGGCUGAAUCCUGAGUUUUAGAGCAUGACCAUAAGUCUUUGUCACAUUAAAAUACAUUCUUAUGCUAUGCUCUACAUUAUGCUUGCUUACCUUACUGCCCAUUAUACUUUUUGCCAUUCCAAAGCCAGUACAGCUCAGUGUUGCUAAAUUUUGCAAAGUGCUUUCCUUUGGUCUGACUGGAUAGAGAUUCUGUGGUGCCACAAUGCAACUUAAUUUUGAGUGUGCCUUACUUAUACUUUUAAGAGGCUUUGUUUUUUUACUCAGUUUUGAUAGCUCUUUCACAUCUUUCACUGGAAAGUGAAAAAUCUGGGCAUACCAUUGGCACUGUUCCUUUAUACCAAAGAAUAUUUCCUUUUGUAAAAUGCAGUAGUUUUCUAAGCAAGGUUUUCCAAAGGUGUUGAAAGUUCUUCCAGUAUUGGCUUCUUUUGUGUCCUAUUGCACUUGCAUUUUUGUGUCUCAAAUCAACUGUCUGUCAAUAAACUCAGUAAAGCCAGUGUCACGUAGAAGAUAAUAUUUGUAGCAUUUUGUGUGGCAAAAAGAGGGAGAAGUUUGUGAAUGUGUGUAUUGUUAAAUUAUAUAUUCUACAUUGAACUUUGAUACAACUGUGUAACAAACUGCCAUUGCCAACAAAAGGGUUGGUCCAGUGUCAUUCCAUGCUAAUGUAUUUACAUUUGCUAUUUACAAAACCUUUAUCUGUGACUUGCACAUGUGUUUGUACAAUUCUAAUGGGAACAACUGAUCAAAAGUAUCUCCUUCAUGAAAGGAGAAAAUAUUUUUUGUGUCCAGUUUUGGUAAAAACUGUACUGUGCACUUUCAGGUAUAAUGUUUAUUGUGCAUUUUAAGUGUGAAUUAUGAAUUGUUAACUUUAUUCUAUGGCAGAGCCGUGACAAAUUUCCAAGGGAACAUUUUGCUGCAGAUGCAAAUUUUAGUAUUAAAUACACCCAUAAUGAAAUUGAAAUUUGUUAUUUAUCUUGUUUUUCAUUUGGCUGUAUUGAUAUAGGAACAUCUUUCUUUUUAGUGUGUGGUUUACAAUCCAGAUCGUAGGGUUUCUAUUGCCCUAGAUUCUGAUUUAUGUAAUAUGAAAAGAAGUUUUUCCAUGAGACUUUUGCUUAUUCAAACUAAUGUUCACAGAUAUGCUUAGGGUUGAGAAUGCCUGCAACGUGGUGCUAAGAGAACUGAAAAUCAGAGUAAGAUCAUAACUGUCCUGAGUGCAUGGCCUGUAGAGCCUGAUUCAGAAAAGGGGAGCUGACCAGCCUUUGAGAACAAGCAUUGUUUGUGCAGUUGCAUCAUUAGGGUGUUCCAUGAACUGUGAGUCUGGGGUUUUUCACAGAUGCUGCCUCAGCUCUGUCAGUAAGGUUUGGGGUUUUUGCAUUGAUGUGUAUGGGGUGAAAAUGAAGGGUAUAGUAAGAGGUGAUAAAGUUGUAACUUUGUAUUGUGUGCUAGGUCAAAGUUAAAUAAUGCAAUUAAAUAAUUAUUUGCUAAAUAUUUGGAUGAAAUUGCCUUUUGCUUAUAUGUGUGGAAUUUUUGUAAAGCAUUUCCUUUUGCUUUCUCUAUGCAGGAUUUGCCUUUUUCUCUGAAACAGCCACAAGUAACAUUGUUGCAUGUUAUUAUUGCUCCUGUACUUUGGCAUUUCACUGUAUUAGGUUCGAUUGCCAGUUGGAGCUGUGUCCUCCUGGGACAGCAGGUAUGGAUUUUCUCCCAGGUGGAAGAGGUCCUGUGUCCUGAAACCACUUCUCCCUGAAAUACCCAAGCCAAAGGCUCUUCUUGAACGCAAUCACAACACAAAGUUGGGUGAACAAUGAAAAUCCUGGCUUUGGGGUGUUCUUUAGCUCUCUUUCAUCAACAGUCAUGGAAUCUUGUCAUUGCUGAUGUUUUAAAUUCAUGCUUUUUUUAUUUUAAAAAGUAAACACAAACACCCCCUGCCUUCACUUUGGGAGUGUCUCAGCUUCUUCCUUAUCCCAAACCAAGACUUCACAUUGCCAGGUCCCUCAAUAGCUGAAGCCCCGCUGUGUGGGGUUCACAUGCUAUAGAGAAGUUGCCAAGUUGCUCCUUUCUGCAGCUUCUGGGCUUUGAUCACACAAGAGUUCUUCUAGAAUAACCACAUAACCUCUUAGGAGUAAAUGCAGCUUAUAUUAGCAAAUAUAUUUAGCACAGGAUAGAUGAAGCUGUAGUCCCUGUGUUUAAGUUACCUGGAUACUAUUCCUGCUCGUGGGGACACUUGCAGUUCCGAGCUACAGCUGCAAAAGGAGGCUUUGCUGGCAGUAUUGUCACUGUGCAGUCCCUAACCAGAGCAAACUUUACCUGCAAAAUUACUUCUGCAUGAGCAUGUAAAGUAGGGCUUUUUUGGUAGCAGCUAGAUUGAUUGCUUUCAAAACUUAAAUGUAAGCUAGUUGACCAGAAAUCCACACAGUUUAUAAAAUAUGUAGCUAUGUUGUUAAAAACAGUGACUCUUUUGGGAAGUGGAAAAGUUUAAGUGUGAGGAUUGUUGUGAUUGUGAUUUCUCAUUUGCAGAGUGAUAGUACAACCACAAAUAACUUCAUUUUUAAGAAUUAAAAUAUUUGUCUCUAAAGCUUUCCUUAGUCAGGAUUCCAAUUCCAACUGCAGAAUAGAAUCCAAAACCAAACAUCUGCCAAAAAAUAAUUAUUAAAUGGAUACAUUACUUAUAUGCCAAACAGCAUUAAGAAUGUAACU